GUCCUGUGUUUGCUCCUGUAAUAUGUGGCAAUAUUUUGCUCCUGCACAAACAUACACACAUACAUUUUCAUCCACCUGCCCAGCCAGGGGAAAUGUAAAAGACUGAAGUGGCAGUGCUGGAGUUCUGCCUGAACUGCUGUAAUAUUAUGUUUUAUUUCUUUUUUUUUUUUUUCUCUCCCCCUGCAGGUGUGAAUAAGAGAGGCUCUCUGCAGUAUUUAGUGUCCAGUUGUACUGGCUCCGAAGAACAGAAGUGUCGCAAUGCCCCCUCCUGCUGAUAUAGUGAAGGUGGCAAUUGAAUGGCCAGGUGCCUUCCCCAAGUUAAUGGAAAUAGAUCAAAGAAAGCCACUGUCCUCGAUAAUAAAAGAAGUCUGUGAUGGGUGGUCUCUUGCAAAUCAUGACCAAUUUGCACUGCAGCAUGCUGAUAGUUCUAAUUUCUACAUCACUGAGAAGAAUCGUAAUGAAAUAAAAAAUGGAGCCAUCCUCCGAUUGACAACAUCUCCGGCUCAAAAUGCACAGCAACUCCAUGAGAGGAUCCAGUCUUCUAGUAUGGAUGCGAAAUUAGAAGCACUGAAAGACUUAGCAAACUACUCACGGGAUGUUACAUUUGCCCAAGAAUUUAUAAACCUGGAUGGGAUUUCCCUCCUAACGCAAAUGGUUGAAAGUGGCACAGAACGAUAUCAGAAAUUGCAGAAGAUAAUGAAGCCCUGCUUUGGAGAUAUGUUGUCCUUUACACUGACUGCAUUUGUUGAGCUGAUGGAUCAUGGGAUUGUAUCAUGGGAUACAUUCUCUGUGGCAUUCAUUAAAAAGAUAGCAAGCUACGUGAACAAAUUUGCCUCGGACAUCUCUAUCUUGCAGCGGUCGCUGGCAAUCCUGGAAUCAAUGGUGCUCAAUAGCCAUGACCUGUACCAGAAAGUAGCACAGGAGAUCACAAUUGGGCAGCUAAUUCCACACCUGCAGGGGACAGACCAAGAAAUCCAGAUGUACACCAUUGCAGUAAUAAAUGCACUCUUCCUUAAGGCACCAGAUGACAAGAGGCAGGAGAUGGCAAACAUUUUGGCACAAAAACAGCUUCGUUCCAUCAUCUUAACUCAUGUUAUCAGGGCACAGAGAGCCAUCAAUAAUGAAAUGGCACACCAGCUAUAUGUUCUGCAAGUACUUACCUUUAAUCUUCUGGAAGACAGAAUGAUAACAAAAAUGGAUCCACAGGAUCAGGCUCAGCGGGAUAUCAUAUUUGAACUCCGAAGAAUUGCAUUUGAUGCUGAAUCUGAACCCAACAACAGCAGCGGCAGUAUGGAAAAACGGAAAUCUAUGUACACUCGAGACUAUAAAAAACUUGGAUUUAUCAAUCAUGUAAACCCAGCAAUGGAUUUCACGCAGACCCCUCCUGGAAUGCUGGCCCUUGACAACAUGCUGUACUUUGCUAAACACCACCAUGAUGCUUAUAUUCGGAUUGUCCUGGAGAACAGCAGUCGGGAAGACAAGCAUGAGUGUCCAUUUGGCCGAAGCAGCAUUGAGCUGACAAAGACGCUGUGUGAAAUUCUGAAAGUGGGAGAGCUACCCAGUGAGACCUGCAACGAUUUCCAUCCCAUGUUCUUCACCCAUGACAGAUCGUUUGAGGAGUUCUUCUGUAUCUGCAUUCAGCUUUUGAACAAGACAUGGAAGGAAAUGAGGGCAACUUCAGAGGACUUUAACAAGGUAAUGCAGGUAGUGAAAGAACAGAUAAUGAGAGCACUCACUACCAAGCCUAGCUCUCUGGAUCAAUUCAAGAGCAAACUUCAGAAUCUCAGCUACACAGAAAUACUGAAAAUACGCCAGUCUGAAAGAAUGAACCAGGAAGAUUUCCAGUCUCGUCCAAUUCUGGAACUAAAGGAAAAGAUUCAGCCAGAGAUCUUAGAACUGAUCAAGCAGCAACGUCUCAAUCGACUUGUGGAGGGCACCUGCUUUAGGAAACUCAACAGUCGGCGUCGGCAAGACAAAUUUUGGUAUUGUCGGCUUUCACCUAAUCACAAGGUCUUGCACUACGGAGACUUGGAAGAAAGUCCACAGGGAGAAGUCCCUCAUGAUUCUUUGCAAGAUAAAUUGCCAGUGGCAGAUAUAAAGGCUGUUUUGACUGGGAAAGACUGCCCACACAUGAAGGAGAAAGGAGCUCUUAAACAAAACAAGGAGGUGCUAGAACUUGCUUUCUCUAUAUUGUAUGACUCAAGUGGCCAGUUGAAUUUCAUCGCUCCAGACAAGCAUGAAUAUUGUGUAUGGACUGAUGGUUUGAAUGCUCUCCUUGGGAAAGAUAUGUUGAGUGACCUAACGCGGAACGACCUAGACACACUGCUCAGCAUGGAGAUAAAGCUACGCCUCCUUGACUUGGAAAAUAUACAAAUCCCAGAUGCUCCCCCACCUAUCCCAAAGGAGCCCAGCAACUACGACUUUGUUUAUGACUGUAACUGAGGCAGUCACAGAAACUUGCUCUGAAACUGGAAAUACAUUAUAACUGGAGAGAUAUUAAAAAUGAAAAAAAAAAAAAGACCCACUUUUGCACCUUGGAUUUUGGCUUUGGGAAGGGAUGUAGAAACAUUUGCAUUCCUCCCUGUUCCCUGCAUCCCUUCCUUCCCCAUUCCCAUCUUCCCCAUUGCUCAUCCAAAUCCACAUUGCUUUAAUUAAUUUGUAAUUGCAGGCCAUUGGCCUUACUUAAGGCAAAGACUGCCAUUAAGAAGCACCCUCCUGAGGACUUUUUUAAUGUUUUUAAUACUGGAGUAGACAUUCUUAACUAAAGGGCGUUGUUACCAAACUGCAUGCUUGUGAAACCCACUUGGCAGGGCAGAGGCUUUAACUGGUAGGAGGAGGGAGGUAGGGAGCAAGAGCAGCUACUGUAAGCAAUUUCCCCAGACAUUUAAAAGUCUUCUCACCACUGAAUCCAGUGUGAUGAUGAAAUUUGUUAACUGCUUCCCAGUGUUUGCACUGUCCAUCACUGUCAUUAUUCUCCACCAUCAUCUCAGCUAUUGCCUCCAGGCUUUACCCAGCUGAUCGGCUCCCAGAGCGGAAAGUCUGCAGGUUUUGGCUGUACCAUACGCUGCAAUGCUGCAACAGCUUUUGACUUCUUUUCCUCCCAGCUCUUAAAAUAGCCCCACACUAGCAGAUCACUCAAACAAAACAUGUGUGAAGCCGCUAGUGUGUCCCAUCCCUGUAGUGUUCCCUAAGCCUCAGUUGCCUCUGAAAUUGGCUUGUUGCUAUUUUAAGUGAUUUUUAUUUCCUUGGUCCAAAGUUUAACAGUAAUUUUCAAAAAUGAUUUACAGCUGCCAAACAUUCCGUUUUACAUCAUUGUCAUUGCUAGAGUGUUAGAAAUUUGCAAGGGAUUUUUUUUGUAUGGGUUCUAAUUUUUUUAUUGUAUUUUGCCAAACAAAUUUAUUUAAUUAAAACUAAUUUCAUUGUAAGUACUUUUGAGGAACAAUAUUUUUACUUAAUUU